AAAAAAAAGGUAGGGAGAGAAAGAGAUAGCGUGUGUUUGUGUCUGUGAUUAUUUAAUAAACAGUAUUUAAUAAUGAACGGAUGGCCUGGUGUUUUUAUUACUACCAUAUAUGUUACGAAAAUAAAAUGCUGCUGGCUCUACAAGUGAUUGCAACUUCCGGUUUUAGUUCUGCAUGUGUUUUUAGUGCUUACUAGUUUAACAGAAGAAAUUUAUCAAAACAAUGGAUGAUGAGCAAGAAACAUACAAAUUGUGGCGUAUUCGUAAAACAAUAAUGCAGCUUUGCCAUGAUAGAGGGUAUUUAGUUACCCAGGAUGAGUUGGACCAGACAUUGGAAGAAUUCAAGGGCCAGUUUGGGGACAAACCAAGUGAAAGGAAGCCAUCCAGGAGUGACCUCAUUGUUUUAGUGGCCCACAAUGAUGACCCAACAGACCAGAUGUUUGUGUUUUUUCCUGAGGAGCCAAAUGUGGGUAUAAAGACAAUAAAAACUUACUGCCAAAGAAUGCAGGAGGAAAACAUCACUCGGGCCAUCAUCAUCGUCCAGAACAGGAUGACGCCAUCUGCCAAACAGUCCCUCACCGACAUGGCACCCAAGUACAUACUGGAGCAAUUUCUGGAGGCUGAACUUCUUAUUAAUAUCACAGAGCAUAUGCUUGUCCCUGAACAUGUAGUGAUGACAGUGGAGGAAAAGGCUGAACUGUUGUCCAGAUACAAACUGAAGGAAUCACAGUUACCCAGAAUACAACAAGGAGAUCCAGUGGCCCGCUAUUUUGGUCUAAAGAGAGGACACGUUGUAAAGAUUAUUAGAAAUUCAGAGACUGCAGGGAGAUAUGUGAGCUAUCGAUUGGUUGUGUAAAAGAAGAACAAUAGGCGACUGCCAGUUAAUAUGUCUGCAUGAAGACUACAACAGAACCAGUACAUUACUUCUCCAGGAGCAGAUGAUUUCGACAUUCUGAAUGAUGUUCCUGAAGUUUGUAGCAAGCUUCAAAAGACAGUACAAGGACAUUAAAUUGUUCUAGUAGUCACAUUUGUGUGAAAGGAAGAAUGUUAUUGUUUUCGUGGAAAGCAUGAUGUUUUGUCCAUGGCUAACAUUAAUUAUGUGAUGAUGUUCAAUUUAUUCAUUCCUGUAUUAUUUUCAUAUCCAUAAUACAUGCCCAUCAGUAAAAGUCAUGCAAUAUUUUUUUGGUUGGAUACACAACAUUAUAAUAAAAGUACAGUGUUAAAUCUU